AUGGAGAUGGUGCGUCAAGAAAAGGCUGGUAGCAAAAUGACCAAUGACAUGGAUCUAGAGUUUGCAAACAGGAUCGUGUCUGAUGUUACAUUCGAGAAUAAUCUGGACUAUAUGGAUGAGAAGUCAGAUGUCAUGGCUGCAAAGAAAGGAAUGUCAGAAGAACAAAAGAUGCGCUAUGCUGUUAAUGAUUUUAAGCGCACACAAAAGGUUUUGGAGAAAUGUCGAUUCUGUUAUCAUGAUGAAAAUCCUCCUCAAUGUACAAUGAUAUCUUUGGCUACCCAAACAUAUUUGGCCCUUCCGAAUGUACAAGAACUAGUACCUGGCCACUGUAUGAUUGUUCCUCUUCAACAUAUAACAUCUACACUUGAAUGCGACGAUACUACAUGGAACGAAAUAAGAAAUUUUCAAAAGUGCCUUUUACAAAUGUUCCACGCACAGAAUAAAGGAGUCAUAUUUAUGGAAACAGUAACAAACAUACGUGGCCACCGACACACAGUAAUUGAGGCUAUACCAGUUCCCUAUGGUGUCUAUGAAGAUAUGCCGGCCUACUUUAAGGAAGCUAUUAUGGCCGUGGACGAAGAAUGGUCUCAACACAAAAAACUUAUAGACACAACAGAGCGAGGUUUUAGAAACUCGAUGGUAAAGAACCUGCCUUAUUUCCACGUGUGGUGUGGUUUAGGAAAGAGCUAUGGGCAUGUUAUUGAGAAUGAAAAGGAGUUUCCUCAUUGGUUUGGAAAGGUAAGAUAA